UGUAUAAGAAAGCUAAGGGCGUAAAAACUCGGUUGCACAAAAGCAUCGUGACUCAUAGUCGUUCGUGUAGUCGUGCGCGACGCAAAGCCGGUCCUUCCGGGAAGCUCAAGUGUGUUCUCCAAUCCUUCGAGUCGAAACGUGUGAAUUUAUCCUCAUCGAUGAGAGAUCGAUCGUUGAACUCGAAAGUUUUCGGCGUCCCAUUUAUCUCGGUCUCGAUAUAAUCGCAUUUGCACCUGUAAGUUUUCAGGUGCUCGUUAUUCUCUUGUUCAAGUGUCGCGCAUGACAUAAAAUGAUAUUUGAAAUGAAGCUGAAUGUAAUAAUUUGUCGUGGAUUCGUCGGGUAAAUCAUCGAAAGUACAAGCAACGUCGAUGUGGACAGUGAUUUUACUUGGUUUUAUUCUCAAAUGUUUAUUAAGGAAGUUACGUCGAAUAGAUUCGACGCGAAUCAACACGUGGCAAGUGCACACGCCUCCGUCACUAGGACGUCGCUUUGUAGCGAAGAAAAUUAAAUUCCACGGAUAAAACCAGAUCGAACUAACAAUAAGAUAAUUAAAAGUGUGCAUUUGUCGGGGCAAUUUUCGAUUACAAGAAAUCGAUUAAAAAAACUGUCGAGCGAUAAAACGCGGAAUACUUAUCACUAAUGUGAAAGUGUCUCGUGAGGUCACAAGCUGCAUAUGAUUCUUUAAAAUUCACGUAUUGAAGCAGGGAUGAAAUCAUCUGCCAGAAGCAUGUGAAUGUAAAUGGCCGUGGAAGGAUUGUGCCAGUCCUCGAACGACUUACUAUGGGCAUCUGCCUUGACACUGAUCAGCACAAUGGAUCGCAGGUGUUCGAGGAAAGCGAUGCUCGAGGAACAGGGAGAUGGAGAGGCGAGGCUGGUCUUUUGGCAACUCCGCCAGACGGACAUUUCCCGAAACAAAAUGUUGGCCCAGUUAAAUUCGAAAUACCAAAAGUUCCUGUUAUAUUCGUACUUGGCGGCCCCGGUAGUGGUAAGGUGACAUAUUGCGACAAUUUGAUACAAGAGAAAAAGGGAAUAACGCAUAUCAACAUGAUGGAUCUUCUUCAACAAUAUGCACUAGGGAAUGAUAUGCAGGAUUUUGGACAACUUAGUAGCAAGACUGUCACAGAAGUACUCAUGCUCGAGAUGAAAAUGUCCCCAGGAGCCAAAGUUUUUCUUGUAAGCGGAUAUCCGCGAAAUAUGCGCGACGUGGUGGAAUAUGCCGAAAAAAUAAAAAUCGUCAAUGGCGUCAUUCUUGUAUCGUGGAGACAAGAAGUGUUGGAGAGGCAAAUUGAUUUCGGCGCACAACUCGGUCACGUCAUUAUCGGAUUAGCUAGAAUGGAGUUACAUAAUUUUUAUAGGAACGUCAUGCCGGUCGCGGAAUACUUUGAUCAAAGCGGAAUGUUACUUGAGGUAAAUGGAGAACGUAAUCCGAGUGAGGUUUACGUCAGUUUUCGAGAUGCCGUCCUUAGAAUUCUCGGCAUGUCAAGCGGCGACAAUCAUGAUCAAGAUAUACCUCAAUCUCUAGAAGCCGAGGUCGAAGUGGAAAGAAGAAAAGAAUCGAUCACGAGUGCACCGCUAUCGAAGCAACAAGUCAGUACGACGACGCCGCCUCCUCUAUCUAUAAAUGCGGCAUUAAAAACUGCUGAUAAACCGAGAAAGGGGUUGCCAGCAUUUAUCUGGGUGAUAGGUGGACCGGGGAGUAAUAAGGCGGCUCUUUGCGCCCAAGCCGUUCGCAAUAUGCCCGGCUGGCUACACAUAAGUAUUGGGGAAUUGUUAAGAACGAUGGCAUCGUCGAAUAUGGCUGUAAACGAUGCUAUCGUCUCGGGCGAAAUGGUACCGCAUGAGAUUGUGAUGCAACUUGUGCAGCAACAGAUUUUUCUCAAUCGAGACACGGAUGGUAUUGUCAUGGACGGAUAUCCUAGGGAUUUGAAUCAAGUGCAAGAAUUUGAAAGCAAGUUUGGACAAGAGCCUCCGCUAGUGCUACUCGAUUGCUCCAAGCUGCAACUCGGGAGGGGAAGACUGGACGAUAGUGUUUCGGCAUUUAGGAAAAGACUGGAGCUUUUUCGCGAGGUGUCCCUUCCCAUGUUGAAAACACUGGACAACGACAAUCGUUUAAUAAUUGUGGAUGGAGACACAGAUGUGCCUAGCGUGCAGCAGGAUUUUGCCUCUGCGUUAUAUCAAUUGAUGCAUCGGACACGUCGCAAAGAGGAGGACAAUCUUCAUGAUGCGGAUUUAUCAACAAUCAGCGGACACCCAAACGGAAUACACGCCGUGACCGAUCAAAGCGAACAUGCCACAUCUAACAAUGUUAUUAAGCGGAUGGUCAACGGCGUGUCUAAUCACUUUGGAAACGGGAUCGAUGCAGCGAAAAAAAUAAAUGAUAUCACUGCUCAAGGAGUAGGUGCCAUCUCUAAUGGCGUAUUGAAUAAUAUGAAGCAUAUUCAGCAGAACGGUCAUAUUUAUCAAAACGGCGCUAUAAACGGAACGGUGCAUAUGCUGCAAAAUGGCGCAGCGCAUUUAACCAACGGCAUUGGCAACAAUAAAGUUGCGCCGGCGGUCAAUAAUUAUUUGCCAAAAGAUCCCAUCAAGAAAAUGUACAACGAAGUCGAAGGUUAUCAGCAGAGCCUUCACAUGUAAGCGUGAUAUGCUAGCCUCUACAAGAUCUUUUUUUUAAUAUCAUUGAAAACUUUUUUCACUUGUUAAUGUUGUACGAAAGAGCCUCGGAUUUGGGACUUUCGAUUCUAUCGACAACUUUGUUGAUAGUUAUACUCACAAGUCGCGUCUUUCACCGACGAGUAUAUUGAUAAUAUGGUGCCUUAGAAUAAAUACCUAUGAUUUAGAUAGUUUGAUUAAUAGAUACGUACAUCCGUUAAAUAUAAAAAGCCAAAUAAUCAGAAAUGUGUAUUAUAAUAGGAUAAGAUUUCUCAAGAAUCGAUUUUGAAAUAAUGAAAAUACGAAACAUGCAUAACUUUUAAGUAAAAAUAUACUGGGCAAUGCGAGUUGGCAAGCAUAGAUGUAUUUGUUGAAAAUCAUUAGCACAUAACUAUUAAAAAAUAGGAUUUA